GUCAAGAUUGGUUAUAUUUUAUUUAUACUCUGAAAUGGAUGGCAAAUAGAGAAGAAUCAUCAUCUUUAUACAUUUAUCUUAAUUACAAAAGAGAUAAAAGAACAAUAUUAAACUUUACAACAACUGACCGAGAAAUUAAAAUGUGUUAAGUCUUGCAAACUUUAAAAUUCAUAAAAUAUGUUUACAAAGUUCUAUACUAGAAACAGACAGAAGAAAAUGAUACAGUCAGACAUGAAGACAAAUGUAUAUGGAUAGACACAAAGAGAUGUGUGUGUUAUAAGUAUAACAUUUGUCCUGGAGGCACGUACAAACAAAUGGUGUUUUGUUGGGGCACAAAGCUCACAGUUCUCAAUGUGGACAUUUCUAUUUGGGCAGAGCAUGUGAUUUAUGGGUUUGACAGAUGGAUGCUGCUGGAGUUGUGAAGUAUGACAUUGUAUAAUCCUGCAAUCCCCUUCAAUAUGACCUGCGUAUUAUAACAGAGUAUUGACAAAGUUCUGUGCAUAGCUAAGAGACACAAACUCAUUUUCUUGUGAAUCUAUUGCCACCGGUGAAGUUACAAGAAAAUACAUUGAGUAUGUGUUAUAAAUUUGCCAUAAAAUCUGUCUUAUUCCACUUGUAAACACCUCCAGGAAUGUCAGAGAUGCUUAUCAUCAUUUGGCAGCUUGGAUGGCCCUAUUUAUACCCACAUGGGAAUGGGAGAAAAGUGUUGAACAGAUAUUAUCUAGAUAGACACAUACAAGUAGAGAGACUUUCUACAGAGAAUUGGAGAUUGGAAAAGUAGAUAGAUUAUCUAGACAGAUUGUGAGGGAAGGAGACAGAGAAUCAGAGAUAAGCAGCACAGAGAUUAUCAAGAGUGAUAGAGAAGAAAUCAUUGCUAGAUUAAGAAUGGGAGAUAUGUAGAUAUAUAUAUAUAUAUAUAUAUAUAUAUAUAUAUAUAUAUAUAUAUAUAUAUAUAUAUAUAUAUGUUAUUAGAUAAUCAGUUGUGUAGCUAUGUAGGUGGAUAUAAAGAGAGAGAAAGAGAAGAAAGUAGGAGAGAGCGUUGGAGGAAGAUGCAGGUAAAGAUAUUGUCUUUAGAUAAUAGGAUAUGGGUGAUGUUAUCUAGAUAGAGAUAAGAAAGUGAGACAGAAACAUAGAAAGAGGAGCAGAGAUAAAGCACAAAGAAUGGGGAGGAGGAACAUUUGUUAGAAUGAGAUCAAAUGAGGCAAUGGUGGAUAUGUUGAUAGAUAUAGAUAUCUCUAUUUAUAUAAAUAGGUAGCUAUAUAUAACAAUAUAUAUAUUUGUAAGUGGGUAGAAAUGUAGAUGAAUACAGGAGAAAAAUGGAGAUGGAUAUAUUUAGAGUGGGAGAAACAUAUAAGUAGGAUUUUGUCUACAGCUAAUAGGAAGUUAGAGAGGAAAGAAUAUUAUCAAUAUAGAGUGAGAAAAGCAGAUGAAGGAGAAACAGACACAGAGACAGAGGAAGGAGAAACAGAGACAGAGGAAGGAGAAACAGACCCAAAGGCAGAGGAAGGAGAAACAGAAACAGAGACAGAGGAAGGAGAAACAGACAAAGAGACAGAGGAAGGAGAAACAGAAGCAGAGCCAGGGGAAGGAGAAACAGAGACAGAGAAAGGAAAAACAGAAGCAAAAACAGAGGAACGAGAAACAGAAGCAGAGACAGAGGAAGGAGAAACAGAGAAAGAGACAGAGGAAGGAGAAACAGAAGCAGAGACAGGGGAAGGAGAAACAGAGACAAAAGGAAGGAGAAACCAAAACAGAGACAGAGAAAGGAGAAGCUGAAGCAGAAACAGAGAUAGAUGAAGGAUAAACAGAAGCAGAGACAGAGGAAGGAGAAACAGAAACUGAAACAGAGGAAGGAGAAACAGAAGCAGAGACAGAGAAAAAGAAGCAGAGACAAAGGAAGAAAAAACAGAAGCAGAGGAAGGAGAGACAGAGACAGGGGAAGGAGAAAGAGAGACAGAGGAAGGAGAAACAGAGACAGAGGAAGGAACAACAGAAGCAGAAACAGAGGAAGGAGAAACAGAAACAGAGACAGAGGAAGGAGAAGGAGAAACAGAGACAGAGGAAGGAAAAACAGAAGCCGAGACAGAGGAAGGAGAAACAAACAGAGAGACAGAGGAAGGAGAAACAGAAGCAGAGACAGAUAGAGAUGUUAUAGAUAUGUUAUUAGAUAAUCAGUUGUGUAGCUAUGUAGGUGGAUAUAAAGAGAGAGAAAGAGAAGAAAGUAGGGGGAGAAGAGAGAGAGCGUUGGAAGAAGAUGCAGGUAAAGAUAUUGUCUUUAGAUAAUGGGAUAUGGGUGAUGUUAUCUAGAUAGAGAUAAGAAAGUGAGACAGAAACAUUGAAAGAGGAGCAGAGAUAAAGCACAAAGAAUGGGGAGGAGGAACAUUUGUUAGAAUGAGAUCAAAUGAGGCAAUGGUGGAUAUGUUGAUAGAUAUUGAUAUCUCUAUUUAUAUAAAUAGGUAGCUAUAUAUAACAAAAUAUAUAUUUGUAAGUGGGUAGAAAUGUAGAGGAAUAGAGAAGAAAAAUGCAGAUGAAUAUAUUUAGAGUGGGAGAAACAUAUAGGUAGGAUUUUUUCUACAACUAAUAGGAAGCUAGAGAGGAAAGAAUAUUAUCUAUAUAGAGUGAGAAAAGCAGAUGAAGAAGAAACAGACCCAAAGGCAGAGGAAGGAGAAACAGAAACAGAGUCUGAGGAAGGAGAAACAGACAAAGAGACAGAGGAAGGAGAAACAGAAGCAGAGAUAGAGGAAGGAGAAACAGACAAAGAGACAGAUGAAGGAGAAACAGAAGCAGAGACAGGGGAAGGAGAAACAGAGACAGAUGAAGUAGAAACCAAAACAGAGACAGAGGAAGGAGAAGCUGAAGCAGAAACAGAGACAGAUGAAGGAUAAACAGAAGCAGAGACAGAGAAAGGAGAAAGAGAAACUGAGACAGAGGAAGGAGAAACAGAAGCAGAGACAGAGAAAA